AUGGCUCCGACCAAAACACUCACCGCAACUGUCCAAGAGGGAUACGCCGACCCGGACUCGCUCCGCACGGCCUUUACCCUCGCCAUGUCGGCCAUGUACAAGUCCGAGGUGCCUCUCUACGGCACCCUGGUCAGCAUAGUAUCCGGCGUCAACCAGGCCACUCUCCAGUCCAACCUCGAUCCAAAGGUCCUGUCCAUGAGAUACGGCGAUGCGACCGGCGCCUCGUCCCGCAUCGACAUGGAGCGUCACGGCGCCAUUCGCCUCGGCACGCCCCAUGAACUGCGGACCAUCCGCCGCAUCUUCCGCAUCAUCGGCCUCCACCCCGUGGGAUACUACGACCUCGCCCCGGCCGGUCUCCCCAUGCACGCGACGUGUUUCCGCCCGACGACCAAGGAGGCGCUUCGGAAAAACCCCUUUAGGGUGUUCACGUCCGUCCUGCGCCCCGAGCUCAUCAGAGACGCGGACGCAAAGUCUCUGGCCAUGCAGCUCCUCUGCCGGCGAAACAUCUUCACGCCCCAGCUCAUUGGCCUCCUGGACAAGGCAGACGCCCAAAACGGCCGCCUCACCCUCUCCCAGGGCGACGCCUUCGUGUCCGCAGCCAUGGACACCUUCAAGUGGCACGCAACAGCGGCCGCCUCGCACCAGGCCUACACGUGCCUCAAGGCAGAGCACCCCAUCCUCGCCGACGUGGCGUGCUUCCGAAGCGCGCACAUCAACCACCUCACCCCGCGAACCCUGGAUAUCGCCGCCGCGCAGGACGCCAUGGAGACGAAGGGGCUGGCCGUCAAGGAGCGCAUCGAGGGUCCCCCGCCCCGGAAAUGCCCGAUACUGCUGCGCCAGACCAGCUUCCUCGCCAUCGAGGAGCCCAUCAACUUCCGCACCACCGAAGCAGCGCAGAUGGUGCAGGGCUCCCACCGCGCUCGCUUCGGGGAAAUCGAGGAGCGCGGCGCGGCCGUCACGCCCGCGGGGAGGAGGCUGUACGACGCGCUGCUGAGCGAGGCCAUGGACGCUGCCAAGCUCGGCGGCUCCGUCUCGGCCGACGUCCUCGACGGUCAGGUUGCCGCGGCGUUUGCCAAGUUCCCCGACGCGUGGGAGGAGAUGAGGCGCCGGGACCUGGCGUACUUCUCGUACAGGGUGGGGGAGCAGCAGCGUCCGCUGUCCGGGGGGGUGUACUCGCUGGAUGAGCUGUUGGCAGAGGGCGUCGUCGAGGCAGUGCCCAUCACGUACGAGGAUUUCCUGCCCCUGUCUGCGGCCGGCAUCUUCCAGUCCAACCUGGGCAAGAAGGCCGGGCGGGAGCUAGAUGCUCAGCCCGACGUGGAUGGGUUCGAGGCAGCUUUGGGGGAAGCACUGUGCGAUGCGGAUGACUUGUAUCGCGGUUUGAGGGACGAUAGCUUGGGCGAGUGUGCCAGACAGCUUGGCGUGACAAUCGUGUGA